ACAGUAGCGCUUAGCGAUUUAUUCAUGAUGUCGAAGAAAUUUAUUAUAAUUCUGUCUGUAAUUGCUAGUGCUUUAAUAGCUGGAGGAGUGGGUGUACUUAUAUGGUGGUUAGUAAGAGAAAAUCGAUAUACUGGACCUUUUGAAACUAUAAUUUUAGAAAAUGACGCCUUUGGUGAUGUCAAAUAUAAUGCAGCCUUUACAAGGAUUCGCGAUGUUGGUGACAUUUUCUGGUGGUUCUUCCCUUCUUCUGAAGUCGACAAACCAAUAUUAUUACUUUUGGGGGGAAUAGUCGGAUUCCCACACAGUUUCCUUCUCAAUUUUGGGGGCUUGGGACCAUUGGAUCUCAACUUAAAUGCUAGAAAUAACUCCUUGGUAGAAGAUUUUCAUUUAUUGUUCGUGGACGCUCUACCAGGAACAGGAUUCAGCCGACAAGAUGAUGCGUUCAAAGUUUCCAACACUUCAGAUGAAACUGUUGAUCAUUUGAUGUAUACUCUGCAGUCGUUUUAUGAAGCAAAUACAAAAUACGAAGAUGCACCGCUUUAUAUCAUGGAACAGGGAGAUGGAUCACUUUUGGCUAUUCCACUAACGAUCCGACUUGCCAAUGACACCAGAUUUUCGGAAAAUAUCAAAGGCCUUUUCUUGGGAAACGCCAUUAUCUCUCCAGCCCUUGCUCUCACGAAGCUCGGUUUUUAUUUGGAAGAACUCGGAUACAUAGAUGGUCUCGGUAGAGAAGCCAUUGAGAACUUUUCAAACACAACCAGUCAUCUGGUUUCUCGGAACUUAUUCGAUGAAGCUUUCGAUCAGUUUGUAUCUUUAGGAGAGUUUGUAAAUGAGGAAGCCGGUGCUAUAGCUGUAAAUUUGGCAUACAUUGUUCAGAAAAUUACUCGCAAUUCUACCGAUUCUUAUUUUGGUCAAAGGUCGUAUACGCAACGAGCUCUUUUGACUGAUGCGCAAAGUUUUAUGGAAGGUACAAUUGCUCCCAGACUUGGGAUAUCUGACGUCACUUAUGACCAACAUCGAGACUCUGUAAUAGAGGCUUUCAGACCCGUCUAUAUGCAGCCUACAGUUGAAAACGUGGAAUACAUCUUGAACAACCAUCGUAACAUAAGUGUUACCCUUUACAAUGGCAACCUUGAUGCUGUAUCAAAUACUCCAGGUCAACUAGCUUGGAUAGAAAACAUGACUUGGUAUGGUGGAAAUGAUUUUAAAGCGAGUAACCGCAGAACAUUAUCUAUAAACAGGCUGAUAGAAGGAUAUUACCAACAGUACAAUAACCUUAAUUUCUUUUGGAUCAAUGUUGCAGGCCACAACGCUGCUUUGGACAAUACCGAAGCUGUAAGGGUAAUGCUAAAGAUGGUUACAAGCGAGAGUAUGUUGUAAAUGGUUUUAUAAAUACACACAAAAAAUAUU